AUGCGGCGCGGUGAGGGCGGCAUGUGCGCGCGCGCGGCCCUGGGCGCGCUGGCGCUGCUGGCGGCCGCGCUGGCGGGCGCGGGGUGCGGCGUGGCCGAGCUGGCGUGCCGCGCGGGCGCCGUGCGCUGCGUGCGGCUGGACGCGUGGUGCGACGGCGCGGCGCAGUGCGCGGACGGCAGCGACGAGCCGGCCGGCUGCACGGUCUGCAACCGCACGUACUACGGCCGCGCCGGCGUGGCGUACUCGCUGGCGCUGCGCGAGGCGCCGCGCGUGCCCUUCCUGUGCCACCUGACGUUCACGGCGGGCGGCGGCGCGCACGGCGACCUCGUGCAGCUCGCCUUCGAGGAGUUCCACGUGGGGCGGCACGAGGCGGGCGCGCUGGACGGCUGCCCGGACGGGUACAUGCAGCUGGCGGAGCUGGGCCGGCCCUUCACGGGCGGCUCGUGGUGCGGCGCGGCCGACGCCGCCGCGCUCUACUACAGCGAGACCGCCACCGUCACCGUCUCCGUCAAGCUGUUUCGCGCACGGCUCGGUGAGCCCUUCGCCUUCCGCCUGCGGUACAAGUUUCUGGCGCAGCGCGACGCCAUCGUGAGGUUCGGCGCCGCGGAGGCGCCGCUGGAGCGCGGCGCGGUGUCGCCGGGCACCUACUGCACGCGCACCUACGAGGAGUGCCACCGGAAGCGGUGCCGCCUGCAGAGCCCCAACUACCCCGGCAUGUACCCCAGGAACGUGACGUGCUACUGGAUCCUGCGCCAGAAGGACAUCCCGACCUGCAAGCACGCCAUGAUCUCCGUGCGGCAGGACUACUCGCACAAGAUGCAGAUCAAGCGCUCCAUCUCUGCCAGCAUGAACAAGACGGGGCGCGUGAUGCGCGCGUGGCGCGAGUGCACGGGCGAGCGCGACCGGCUGAUCGUGUACGACGGCGGCAGCACCGACGACCCCGUGCUGGUGGAGUACUGCGGCGGGGACUGGCUGCCGCGCGUCACGUCGCGCGGGCCCGAGAUGCUGGUCGCCUUCCACUCGUCGCCGUACUCGGCGCCGCUGCGCCCGGCGGCGCGCGCGCAGCCGCUGCGAGGCUUCGAGCUCGACGUCGACGUCAUCUUCGCCGACUCCGACUCGCUCGACUACGUCAGGGAGGCGCGGCGCUGCGAGUUCCACGUGAAGGCGUCGUCGUCGGAGGAGGAGGGCAACGUGACGUCGGCGGGCGCAGGGCGCGGCCGCCGCGGCCUGCUGCGGGCGCCGCAGCACACGCUGCCGCCGCGCACCACCUGCACCUGGACCUUCCACGGCCGCCCCGGCGACCUCGUGUGGGUGUACUUCUCGAGCUUCACGCACUACUCGUUGAUGGAGCCGCGGCGCUCGGACAGCGGCGAGCGCUCGGAGGACGCGGGCGGGGAGCCCCUAGCGCUGGCGCGGCCGCCGCCGCCGCCGCCCUCGGCCGCGCCGCGCGCCUGCGCCGUGCAGCUGCGCAUCUGGGACGGCGGCGGCGCCGGCGCGCCGCUCGUGGGCGAGUACUGCGACACGGCGCCCGUGCUGUGUGCGCGCGCCUCGCUGGCCAACGCGACCCGCGUGCCGCGGCCCUGCGCGCCUCCGGACGGGUACGUGUCGUCGUCGGCGCUGCUGUCGCUGGCGGCCACGUCGCUGGCGGGCACGGCGACGCACCCGCUGCAGUUCGCGCUGCACUACGAGUUCGUGGACGCGCGGCUGGAGGGCGCGGCGCUGGCGGGCGCGGCGGGCGCGGCGCCGGCGCAGUGCGCGCGGCUGCUGGUGUCGCCGGGCGAGUUCUCGUCGCCGCGCAACGCGCUGUGGUUCGGGCGCGGCGGCGCGCGGCGCCUGCGCUGCGUGUACCGGCUGCAGGCGGCGGCGGGCCGCGUGCUGCUGCGGCUGGCGGCGGCGCGGCCGCGCCGCCUGCUUCCCCGCGCCGCCCGAGCCCGCGCCCGCUGGCCAGGACCCGUCGCCGCCGCUCGAGCCCGACCUCGACGACGACGACGAGGCGUCGCAAGUCCCGCACAUCUGGAUCUACGACUCCCCGUGGCCCGGCUACAGGGUGCCGCUGGCGUGCAUCUGCGACAACGAGUCGGCGCCGCUGGCGGUGGUGGGGUGGGGCGGCGCGUUAGAGCUGGUGUUGUCGGCGCGGACGCUGGCGGCACGCGAGGACCACCGCCACGUGCACUUCCGCGGCGCCUGGAGCAGUGCGCCGGCGCCGGCCGCCUGCGCCGCGCGGCGCCGCCUGCCGCCGCCCGGGGGACACCUGCACCUAGUGUACCCUUACGAGAACGAGCAGCUGUCGGAGUGCGGCGAGGCGCCGUUCCUGCUGGCGGCGCGCGGCAACCGCUCCGUGUUCCUGCGCGUGUGGGGCGACGAGGUGCCGGGCGCCGCGGCCGACCCGCCCGCCUGCCACACCGACAACCGCGUGCUGGUCUACGACGCGCACACCUCACGGUCGGUAUCCGUCGGGCGGCGGCCGUCUGGCCGAAUAGAUCGGCCAUGCAACGUGUCCGUCUGCGCAGGUUGGUGAAGGCGAUCUGCCCGAGCCGGGACGGCGAGCACUCGCGCACGGUGCACGUGUUCACGGAGGAGUGGUCGGGCGGCGGCGGCGGCGGGGCGGGCGCGGCGCUGCUGGUGGUGUGGCUGGGCCGCGCGGCGGGCGCGGCGCGGCUCAGCUGGAUGGAGGUGUGGCGCGGCGCGGCGCACAACGGCACGGCGGGCUGCAGGCACGCGUGCGCGGCGCUGGGCGGCUGCAUGGCGCCGGCGCUGUGGUGCGACGGCGCCGAGGACUGCCCGGGCGGCGCCGACGAGGCGCGCGGCUGCGGCGCGGGCGCGCGCCUGCUGCGCCUGCUGGGCGGCGCGGGCGCGCUGGGUGUGAUCCCGCGCAGCAUCGCGCGCGCCGAGAGCGCAGCGUGUGAUGACGUCAGUGUCACGCUAAACCAACCAGCCCGCGGUCGGAGCAGGCCCGUGGGCCGCACCAGGUCCCGGCGGUGGCAAUCAAUACUCGCACUGGCUCGCCGCCAGCAGCCGCCGCUGCACUCCUACCACCAUAUUCCGUACACGGUCUCGCCAUCCCUGCACUCUCCAGCGUUUGAAGUCACUGAUAUUUCGACUCGACCCUAA